UGUCACUCACAGAUCCAGCAUACAACGAUGACACAAAAGUGACAGCUCCAUGUGGUGACAUUCCCAACAUGCCCUUAAAGGUACAGUGUGAUUUGUAGGAAGAAAACACCUCACUCUGCAGUAGUAGUGAAGAUGGUGUCUGGCAGUGGAGUUCAGUGCAGUCGAUCACUACCUGGGUGUCUGGAUAGUCCUUGAACUCCGGUGGCAGGUGGGCUUUGAUGGUUUCCUUGGGGAUCCAUAUCCGUGCUGAUCCAAGCAGACAGUAGAGGAAGUUGGCCCAAGAGAUGAUAAUCCGGCUCACUGUCGAUUGGUGAAUGCUGAACCGAUGGGCUAAAUCCUUCUGCUUCAGACCCAGAGACAGAUGAGUCAUAAACAAGAAGAACUCGUCGAUUGAUGGCAGUCUGAACGUAAAGAAACCCAUUUUAGUACAAUAGUCCUUAUAUUCGGUUCAUAACAAAAAGUAAAUACUGUUUAACAAUUACAGUAAGAUCAUAUAAUGUACUCUUUAAGUAUUUAAUGAAGUUGUCCCUUCCCGGUUUUCUUCGAGUAACAAUUGUUUCAGAUGGAUUGGUGCUUGUGAUUCUUAUAAACUUGGUCUCUGCUGCCCGCUCAAUCAAGUGCCAGAAGGCCAUCAGAAAGUGUCAUGGAAUCUUGAGUGACCACAGAGAGUCAACGCCUCAUUUGGAUUACAUACUGAGAUGGGCACUCUUGUCAGUCUGUAAUUUGGUUGGUUUACCAUGUAAUGCCUUAAACAGACACACAGUUCUGCCAUCAGAUGUCACACUGUAAUGGAAAACUAAUGGGAUAGGCCUUGGUGUGUUGGUUAGGGAGUAUGCCUCCCUUUCCCACCUCGAUAAGCAGUAUUUUGGAUUCCCGGGAGAUAUCUUGAUGCGGAUGCUCAAGCUGGUCAUCCUGCCCCUCAUCAUCUCCAGCAUGAUAACAGGAGUGGCCGCCCUGGAUUCGGAUGUUUCCGGAAAGAUAGGUUUGAGGGCUGUGGUUUAUUACUUAACCACCACCAUCAUUGCAGUCAUUUUGGGUAUUGCAUUGGUGAUAACCAUCAAACCUGGUGUCUCUCAGAAGGCAGAAAACAUCGACAGGACAGAGAUCACACAAAACGUCAACACUGUCGACACACUACUGGAUCUUGUCAGAAACAUGUUUCCUGAAAACAUAGUGCAGGCUUGUUUCCAACAGUACAAGACAACGCGCAAAGAGUUGGAACCCUCUAAAGUGAAGGAGAACACUACAACCACAAUGUUCCCUCCUCUCUCUACCACUGUCAUGGCAACCAUUUUCCCCCCAGAGAACAUCACCAAGGACUAUAUAAUAGUUGGGUCAUAUUCUGAUGGGCUCAACGUGCUGGGCCUCAUCGUGUUCUGUGUGGCGUUUGGCCUCGUCAUCGGCAAGAUGGGUGAAAGGGGACUCAUCCUGCUGGAGUUCUUUGAUGCUUUAAAUGAGGCCACCAUGAGGCUAGUUCAGAUUAUCAUGUGCUAUAUGCCAGUGGGGAUACUCUUCCUCAUUGCUGCCAAGAUCAUCGAGGUAGAAGACUGGGAGAUCUUCAGAAAGUUGGGCAUGUACAUGGUGACAGUUUUGAGUGGCCUAGCUAUCCAUUCUAUUGUUUUUCUGCCGCUGAUCUACUUUGUCAUUGUGAGGAAGAACCCGUAUACCUUUGCCUUGGGGAUGGCUCAGGCACUGGUCACUGCUCUCAUGAUCUCUUCCAGCUCUGCCACCCUGCCUGUCACCUUCCGCUGUGCCGAAGAGAACCUCCGGAUCGACAAGAGGAUCACCCGCUUCGUGUUGCCCGUGGGCGCCACCAUCAACAUGGACGGUACAGCUCUCUACGAGGCUGUCGCUGCCAUCUUCAUUGCCCAGCUCAACGACUAUGAUCUUGACGUGGGUCAGAUUGUCACUAUCAGUGUAACAGCAACAGUAGCCAGCAUCGGAGCCGCCGGUGUACCUAACGCUGGUUUUGUUACCAUGGUGAUUGUGCUGACUGCCGUUGGACUACCGGCAAAUGAUGUCACUUUAAUUAUUGCUGUGGAUUGGCUGCUAGACCGCUUCCGCACCAUGAUCAACGUGCUGGGAGAUGCUUACGGAGCCGGCAUCGUUCAGAAGCUGUCCAGGCGGGAGCUGGAGAGGAUGGACGGCACCUCGGACGUGACUAACCCCUUCGCCCUGGGGACCACGCUGGACAACGAGGAGUGUGAGAAGAAGUCCUACGUCAACGGCGGCUUCACCGUCGACAAAACCGACGCCAUCUCCUUCACCGAGACCUCCCAGUUUUAGGGGGGUGGGCAAAGAAGUGCCAAUGCUGCUAGAUGUUUAGCCUGGUUCUAGAUCUGUGACCAACAUUAAUUAAUCCUGUUGAUGCAGGAUUACUGCUGGAGGAUUAUUUUCCUGCUGCAGCACACUGGCUCAAAUUAAGAUCCUACAUCUGUAGCAAUAUCAGCCACCACCAUCUUGAUUCUCUUUCCAGCACUGUCCCCGAUGAUCAGUAUGUUUUUUAACCACAAGUGGAGAUCCUCAGCAGCCCUUAAAAUGAGCUGGGCUGUAUCUGAAAUGACACCCUAUUGCUUAACUAGUGCACUACUUUAGACCAGGGCCUAUGUAGAGAACGAGGUGUCCUUUGGGAUGAACCCAUGCUCUCUUUUACCAAAAGAGCUUCCAUUGUUAUGUUGACAUAGUGCCGACAAUGUACACAUUCACUUUUGAAUGAAUCAAUACUUUUGCUAUUGUUUUUACAUAGAGGGAGCAAAUGAGACUACAAGAGCCAGAGCUUUUGAAAUGCAUACCUACAGCGCGUGUGGGUAACUGAAAUAAUAUAUCGCCGGACUGAGCUGUGUAUAUGUAUUGUGAAAAAGAGCAUGGAAGAAGAACUAUAUUCUUGAUGUUCAAUACACUGUAUAUUGCAAAGAUUCAAACAUACUUUGUUUGCUUUUCAGAAGCAAAUUAUUUUUGUGUGACUUUUUUUAUUUCUUUUUGUCCAUUUUUGUUCUGGGGGGGUUAGAUACAAAAAAAACAAUAAAAGAAAUCCAUACAAAGACAACCCCAACCCAUUCCCCCCCUUAGUCUCCACCCACCUGCCCGCAUUCUCCCUCCCCACUCAGAAAGCAUGCCUCCCACCCCAUCUAGCCCUCCUCCUGAAGAAAGCAUGCCUCCCACCCCAUCUAGCCCUCCUCCUGAGGAAAGCAUGCCUCCCACCCCAUCUAGCCCUCCUCCUGAAGAAAGCAUGCCUCCCACACCAUCUAGCCCUCCUCCUGAAGAAAGCAUGCCUCCCACCCCAUCUAGCCCUCCUCCUGAAGAAAGCAUGCCUCCCACCCCAUCUAGCCCUCCUCCUGAAGAAAGCAUGCCUCCCACCCCAUCUAGCCCUCCUCCUGAAGAAAGCAUGCCUCCCACCCCAUCUAGCCCUCCUCCUGAAGAAAGCAUGCCUCCCACCCCAUCUAGCCCUCCUGAAGAAAACAUGCCUCCCACCCCAUCUAGCCCUCCUCCUGAAGAAAACAUGUCUCCCACCCCAUCUAGCCCUCCUGAAGAAA